AUGAAUAAUGGUGAACAAGUGCACAGACGUUGGCUAGUUUACAGCAAAAGUACUGAUAAAGCAUUUUGUUUUUGCUGCAAAUUGUAUGGAAAUGACACUGGAUCUCAAUUAGCUAACGAUGGGUAUAGUGAUUGGGCACACUUGGGCAGAGCUCUUGAUAAUCACGAAAUAUCAGCAAUUCAUGAUCAGAAUGUUGGAAAGUGGACGGAUUGUGAGAUACGUUUAGGUGAAGCGUCCACUAUUGAUAAGCAACAUAUAAAAUUGAUAAAUAAAGAAAAGGAACAUUGGCGUGAAGUUCUUAACAGCAUUGUUAGUGGCAUUAAAUAUUUAGCACAGCACAAUAUUGCUUUCAGGGGAUCGAACUCUAAACUGUAUGAGCCAAACAAUGGCAACUUUUUAGGACUUAUUGAAAUGAUGGCUACUUUUGAUCCAGUCAUGCAAGAGCAUUUGGGGCGAAUCAGAUCGUCUGAGAUUCACGAUCACUAUCUAGGAGCAAAUAAUCAAAAUGAGUUGAUUAAACUGUUAUCUGAAAAGGUGAAAGAGAAAAUUGUUUCAGACAUUAAAUCAGCUAAGUAUUUUUCUGUACUACUAGACUGCACUCCCGAUCUCAGCCACUAA